CAGUUUUAGUCUUUUAGUUGACAUUUUCAAUUCAAAGCUUGAUUUCGAAGUUGCGCGCAUUGUAUCUCAAAGUCAAAACGUGAAGAGUGAAAUCUAAACUUUACUGACACAAGUGUCUGGCUGAGGCUUAAAAUAUAUUGGACAAUAUCUGGUAUUGUCCUCAGUGAAGCGAGAAAUCGCCGAGAGGUUGAUAAAAUAAUAAAUCAAAACACUCGGUACUUUCAAUAACAUCAACAUGGGUGACUCCGAAGCUGCAGUUAACCCCAAAGCGUAUCCUCUUGCUGAUACCGCUCUUACGGCCAAGAUCUUGAACUUGGUUCAGCAAGCUUCCAACUACAAGCAACUCCGCAAGGGAGCCAAUGAAGCUACGAAGACAUUGAAUCGUGGUUUAUCAGAGUUCAUUAUAAUGGCAGCCGAUGCUGAGCCAUUGGAAAUUGUGCUUCACAUUCCUAUCCUCUGUGAGGAUAAAAACGUACCUUAUGUAUUUGUUAGGUCUAAGCAAGCUUUGGGCAGAGCCUGUGGCGUCUCGCGGCCAAUCAUUGCGUGUUCAAUCACCAUCAAUGAGGGCUCGCAGCUAAAGCCACAGAUCCAAAGCAUUCAACAAGAAAUUGAAAGACUCUUAGUGUAAGUGAUAUAAAGUGUUUUAUAAGAUUAUAUUUUAAUGUUGUGAGUGACAUGCCUACAAAAUAUAUUCUAAAAUAUUA